AUUACAAUCAAGCAAUUAUAACACAUAGCCUACUAUUUGCAGUGCGUCAGAAAUCAAAACAAUAAUUCAGAAUUGUACAGGGAGUCCGUAGACGUGGACGAAGCGGCAGUGAAAUAUAGCCAACACAGACUAGUGCCGUUACUAAGUUCACGUUAGGUAGCAACAGGAGCAACAGUAAUCGCAUCCAUCUAAAUUAGCUAUGAUAGCUUACGUUAGCCAAGUUAAUUUCGACGAAUAUAGUUAACUGUUAACAACACUAUACUAGUCUAUAUUAUCUCGCUUCCUGAGAAUGAUGAAGAAUGUUUGAGAGAGAUACCCUGGUUCAUCUGUUUGCUGGAGGGAGUGGGGGUACGAUAGGGGCCAUCCUGACCUGUCCCCUGGAGGUGGUGAAGACCAGACUGCAGUCUUCCUCAGUGUCUCUCUUCGUCUCUGAAGUGCAGCACAGCUCUGUUCAUGGAGCCAAAAGCAAACGCGUAACCCCUGGACCCCUGCGCUGCCUAAAGUUAAUCCUCGAAAAAGAGGGGCCACGUUCCUUAUUCAAGGGCUUAGGGCCAAACCUGGUGGGCGUGGCUCCGUCCAGGGCGAUAUACUUUGGUGCGUACUCCUACUCUAAAGAGAAGCUGAGUACCGUACUGGAACCCGACUCCACACCGGUGCACAUGUUCUCUGCAGCUCUGGCAGGUUUCUGUGCCAUCACUGCGACCAAUCCCAUCUGGCUGAUUAAAACCCGCCUACAGCUGGAUACCAGGAGCCGAGGGGAACAGCGGAUGAGUGUGGCUGAGUGCAUCCGGCGAGUUUACCGGGCGGACGGUCUCCGUGGCUUCUACAGGGGCAUGUCCGCCUCGUAUGCGGGAAUAUCGGAGACGGUGGUCCACUUUGUCAUAUACGAGAACAUCAAGCUGAAAAUGAUGGAGGCUCGGGGCACCGCUAACAUGGACAACGACAACCAGGCGGUUAAAGGCGCUUCGGACUUCGCGAGACUGAUGGUGGCCGCUGCCACGUCCAAGACUUUUGCCACCGUUCUGGCCUACCCCCACGAAGUAAUCCGCACAAGGCUACGAGAGGAAGGAAACAAAUACCGCUUCUUCUCCCAGACCGUCUCCCUGCUAUGGAAGGAGGAGGGAGGCCAAGCACUCUACCGCGGGCUGACCACUCACCUCCUGCGACAGAUCCCCAACACCGCCAUUGUGAUGUGCUCCUACGAGAUAGUGGUCUACAUGCUCAAUGGCUAACAUGCAACAGUGAGCUAAUGAUCUACCUGCUCAAUGGCCAACAUGCACCGACAAGUCGGUGGUCUACCUGCCGAACCGCUAUAGCCGCUACCCGUGAACGUAGAAACGGGCGGCGUACCUGCUGUUGAGCAUGUGCACUUAUGAAAUAGUGGUUCACCCCACCUUGUCCAGAGAAGGAUCUUCUACUGGAGACCAGAGCAGACAGAGCAGAACCUGGAAGGCCAGCCACACUGAUGUUCUGAGAAAGAGCCAGGGAAUUUCUCUCAGAAUGAGAGGGCAGUGUGUGGGAGGAGAGGGUUAAGAUUAGUUACGAACUCAAAUCUCUGCAGUCUUCUCAGGGUUCUGUCUCUCACUCUCUCAAUGAAAAGGAUAACCGGGGUGGAAGGCUGAAUAUAUGAUUGGUCAUGGUAAUAACAUUGGGAAGACGACGGCUCACGUUUAUUGCCAUGUGUAUAUAAAGAUGUCAGAAUAAUCCAAAUCCUUUCCAACUGAAAAGCUUAACUAGGUUUUUUGGGUUAGCUUUGCCCUUAGUCUGUAAGGAAAGAGUGUACAUUUCCUCCCUGGCCUUUUUCUCAUUAAGGUCAUUCUGUGGA